CAUGCUGUUACCAACUACCUCUCAUUGUUGAAAGAUCCGGGAAGGAUUGAUGACUUCAAGAAAGUUUUGGACAAAGCCUGAGAACUAACCUGACGACUGGCGCCAAACUAACAAACAUAGCAAAUAACCAAAGCCGUUCAGAGAGUGACUCAAUUUUGAGUGAACUGCGAUAUCCGACCAUCGCCCAUCAUGACCCAGCUGAGGCAUGCAUGGAGGGCACCCGAACACGACUUAUCAACCGUAUCAUGAGCCGGUGUCGCAACAUGGAGGACGAUGCGAAGCGGGUGAUGCUACUGACAGCCGUAGCCGGUGCUGGCAAGACAUCCGUUGCUCAUUCAAUCGCGGCGAAGUGCGAGAGCGAAGGGUCACUGUUGUUGACCUUUUUCUUCAAAGCAGGCGAGCAGUCGCGGCCAGAUCACCUAUUCAGCGGCAUGGCUCGAUCUCUAGCAAAGCGCGACCCCACAUGCUGUGCCUCCAUCAUAUCCACUCUAAGGAACGAUCCAACCCUCGUAACUGCAUCUUUCCCGGUACAAUUCGAGAAGCUCGUGGCUGGACCUCUCCGUCGGAGGGCUUUCGGCGAUCCUGUAGUGGUAAUUAUUGAUGCUUUGGAUGAGUGCGAGCCGGAGGCCUUGGAACGCCUUGCCGAUAUACUUCGGAACGAAGUGCCAAAAUUACCAUGCAACCUCAAAUUCUUUGUCACGUCGAGACCAGCUUACCUCGUGAAUCGUCUCCUCUCAUCCAAUUUUCCCAUUGACCGGUUUGGCAUAGAUAUCUUGGAUAAUCCCAAUAAACAAGACUGCUCUGUUUACGUCCGCACGCAGCUGCGUCAUCUGAAGGAUGAUCGUUCUGGUUGCGGAGACGAAUUCGAGGAAGACGAUUCAUUGGCUCAAAACAUAUCGGAAAAAGCUGGUGGCUUGUUCAUCUGGAUUAGCACUGUCUUCCGUUAUGUGAGGCUGGCCAAGAACAGGAGGAAAACGCUGGAUAGGUUGCUCAACACCGGUACCUCUCGAUCAACAGAUCCUCCCGAAAGAGUGAUGGACAUGCUGUAUAGGACCAUUCUGGAUAAAUGUGGCUGGGCAGAUCAGGAUCUCGUGCAUGACUACCCCAUCGUUAUGGGGGCGAUUCUGAUCGCCGAACAACCACUGUCUAUUGCAGCGUGGGAUGCAAUUUUGUCACCGUUCUUAAACUCUUCCAUUCGUGACACAUUGGUUGAACUUGCUCCCCUCUUAUUGGGGGUCCUCCAUUCCGACACACCAAUCCGUAUCAUUCAUCAGUCGUUCCGUGAGUUUCUCACGGGCCAAAUCGGUCCUGAAUUACUUGAUCAUCGUUACCUGCUGGAUAUGACGAGGGCGAAUGCCACGAUGGCCCUGCGCUGUACCGAGAUCUUAAAUAAAGAUCUUUGCUGCGUGGAGGGUUUGGGGCUGAUCAAAUAUUUGCGCCAAAGGGACGACCUGCCACAGAUCCCUUGUGAGGUGCUGUCGGAACAACUCCGUUACUCAUGUCGGUAUAUUGUGUACCACCUCAACAAAGUUCAGGAACCACUAGAGGCGCUCAGCGGAUUGGUUCACACAUUUCUUAAUCAGCAUGUAACACGCUGGGCGGAGGUCUGUGUGAGAACCGACGGGUACAUCAGUGUAUCUUCGUUUCCUGAGUGGGCUAAGUUGAGCGUUGAUCUGAAUUCAAAGAAAGACAUUCACAAGUUGAUCCAAGUACUUGACGAAGUGAGACGGAAUCUGGCAUUCUUUUCAAGAUUUCAGGAGGCACAUGAGUUGGCAAAGGAUUCCGUAACCCUCUGCCGUUGCCUCGUGUCAGCAGACUCAGAGUCCUACACCCCGGAUUUGGCCCAAUCGCUCAACGGUCUUUUCGUAUCAUUGGAUGAUCUGGGACAUCAUUCCGAGGCACUCCCAGUGAUCGAAGAAAGUAUGAAGCUGUGGCACGAGCUUGUUGCUGUUGAUCCGACGUUGUACACCCCAUAUUUGGCUCAAUCACUCCACAAUCUUUACGUAUCAUUGGAAAAUCUGGGACGUUACUCUGAGGCGCACCCGGUGAUCGAAGAAAGUGUGAAGCUCCGGCGUGCGCUCGUUGCUGUUGAUCGGACAUCAUACACCCCAAAUUUGGCUCGAUCGCUCCAUAAUUUAAGUAUAUCAUUGCAUCAUCUGGGACGUCAUUCCGAAGCGCUCCCAGUGACCGAAGAAAGUGUCAAGCUCUGGCGUGAGCUCGUCGCUGUUCAUCCCACAUCAUACACCCCAGAUUUGGCUCGAUCGCUCCGCAAUCUUCAUGUAUCAUUUGGAAAUUUGGGACGUUAUUCCGAUGCGCUCCCGGUGAUUGAAGAAAGUGUCAAGCUCUGGUAUGAACUCGUUGCUAUUCAUCCGACGUCAUACACCCCAGAUUUGGCUCGAUCCCUCCACAGUCUUUCCGUAUCAUUGGAAAAUCUGGGACACCAUUCCAAGGCACUCCUAGUGAUCGAGGAAAGUGUGAAGCUCUGGCAUGAGCUCGUUACCAUUCAUCCCACAUCAUACACCCCAGAUUUGGCUCGAUCACUCACCAGUCUUAAGAUAUCAUUGGACCAUCUGGGACGUUAUUCCGAGGCGCUCCCCGUGAUCGAAGAAAGCGUGAAGCUCUGGCGCGAGCUCGUUGCUGUUCAUCCGACAUCAUACACCCCAAAUUUGGCUCAAUCGCUCAACAGUCUUAAGAUGGCAUUGGACAAUUUGGGACGUUAUUCCGAAGCACUCCCGGUGAUCAAAAGAAGUGUCAACCUCUGGCGCGAGCUCGUUGCUGCUCAUCCCACAUCAUACAACUCCGAUUUGGCUCGAUCACUCCACAAUCUCGCUCUCUCAUUCGAUUACCUCAAUUGCCCCACCGAAGCAGUUCCUUUCAUCAAAGAAUCCAUUUCUCUUUGGCGUCCUCUCCACAUUACUCAUCCGACCUCAUAUGCCGCUGAUUUAGCCUGGGCAUUGCGGGAUCUAUCCAGGAUACUUUCACGCCUGGGGCACUAUGCAGAAGCAUUUGAUAUCGAGGAAGCGGCGAGAUUAUGCUCUCAACAGCUUCGUUCUGAAUACCCUGACAUCUAUGCAAAUUAUCUUCGAGGGUUAUAUGCCUGUAUGGCUGCUCCAUUGGAAGGUCUUGGAAGGGGUCAUGAGUUAGCAGACAUACGCACUCUCAUGCAAAAUCUAUGAUGAAAUAUACCCUCCACCCAACGGCGUCCCUCACUCUUUUCGCGAUUUCCUCUGACCCACCAGGGACCAGCGAUUGUUUACCUCUGUCCGAUUUA